UGGGCUCCCUUGGUUUAGCCGAACUUAGCUCGCACGUGGCCCACUGAUCUAGACUAUCUGAGAAAAGGAUUUAUUUUUGCUAACGUACGAUCUAAAAAGAGAUAGCUCAAAUCAUGGCUUAAGAUGAAAGCAGAAGAACAAUAAAUGAACGAACUGAUUUUGUGCCUUAUUGUGAGAUAAAUGGCAGUUCUGUUACGGUUCUUAGAAUCCUGCAGUUCGCUGAAGCUGCGUGGAGAAGGAAGCGACGUUUUGUGUACAAUUGUAGAUAGAGAAAUGUAAACUUGCAGUUCAUGCAGGAAACUUCCCCAGCAUUUAAUUCAAGCAGAGGUAAGAUAUACAAAUGUGAAAAUGCCAGUUUUUGGGAAAAUAGUUGUUAUUAAGAGAAAUGGGACCGAUGGAACUUACUUUCCGCUCACUGCAAACUCUUGUUUGUUUGGAAGGAAAAAAGAAUGUGAUAUUCGAAUCCAGCUGCCUCAAGUUUCUAAAGAACAUUGUAAAAUUGAAGUCAAUGAAAAUAAAGAGGCAGUGCUGUUUAACUUGAGUUCUGCGAAUCCAACACAGCUAAAUGGGAAUCACUUUCAGGAUCCCGCACACUUAAAACAUGGAGAUAUACUGACAAUUAUUGAUCGUUCUUUCAGGUUUGAAUAUUCACCUCCCUCACUUCCUCAGAAGAGACUUUCUAAAUCUCAAGAGAAGGAAACAUUACAGAUUCUUCAGGUUCAGCAUAUGCAACAGAUGGACUUGCUGCAUACACAAAACUCAGAUUACAAAAGUUUUCCAAUUACUGGCAAGAAAUUUGAAACUUGCUCUCCUAGAAAAAGCGAGAAAAGACUUCAAAAACAAUACAGCGCACCUGGAAAAACAAAUGAGCUGUCUCCUUUUAGCAAACUUUAUGAAUUAAUGAAACAUGAAAAUGGCACAGACAAUGUAAAGGAUAAUACUGGUAAUGAGACUUUGCUGGAAGAUGUAUUUCACUCAAGAUCUAGGAGGUCUGCAGUGAAUCGAGCAAAGUUGACUAAAAUUGAACAUUCUGAAGAUAGUAAAAUUCAAGAAAAGAGUGGCAUUGUAACAAGUCCAAUACCAGUAUUUGAAGAGAAGAACUCCAAAAAAUCAAGUAUUCAAAAUUGUGAUAUACAACAGAAACAAGAAUGUAAAGGUACAAAUCAGUCAGAUUUUCACGACAUAGAAGAUAAUGAAAUGGGAAAAGACCAAAUAAUGAGAGGUGCUAAUAAGGAUACAUAUUUUAAAGCAAAUCUGCAGAGUGCACAGCAUUUCCCUGAAUCACAUUGUAUAGUGUCGAUGGACUAUACAAAAAAGGCUAAGUGCCUUAACAAAUUUAACUUAACAGAUGCUUUCACAUCUGUAGAAAAUACUUUGUCCAAAGCAAAGUCUAGCAGGGAGAGUAUACAAAAUUACUCCAGUCCAUGUUCUAGAAACUCUCGAAGAUCUUCCAAGUCCAGAAGGUCAUGGGUUGAAAUAGAUUCACUGAACAGAAUGAAGAGCUCUGGAGAAAUGGAAGAGUGCUCCGUACAAGUUAGUGGGCAGGAGCAUGAAUCUGGUAUUUUGAUUGGAAGUAUAUAUUCUAACAAAAAUGAAAAUAGAGAAUUGGUCACAGAAACAGCACUGAAUCUGAAAGAUUCAGAAGAUGGAAGUUGUAGUACAGUUUAUAGUUCACUUCAUUUUGAUACUAGUAAAAGCUGCAAUAACAACAUUGAACUAAAUAAAAAUAUUUCAAAUGAAUAUUCACGUACAGAGGCAAUAGAUACAGUAUCAAUAAUCACUGCAGAUCUUUUUCAAACCAGUGAAAUAGUGACAAAUCAAAUUCCUGAAAGAACCUUGGAAACAGAAAGUCCUACAAAUGAAAAUAAAAUAGGAAUAAAAGACCAUGACCAGAAUGUUAAUAUGAAAAAUGAUAUACUUACUUUUUCCAGUUCUCAUGAAAGCAGUGUCCAAACAUCAGCCAAGGUUAAUGCUGCUUUUGAAAUUAAUUUGUUAUGUCCACUUAAUAAGUCAGAGGCUAAGAAAUCACCUCAAAAGCGUAGAAGUAAGGAGCUAGAUUUUCUAGUCCAACCACUUGGAAAGAGGAAGAGAGUGUCUUUUGGUGGCCAACUGAGUCCUGAACUCUUUGAUAAGCGCUUACCUCCAAACUCGCCACUUAAAAAAGGGGCCAUUCCAGCAAGACUAAGCAUGCCAUAUGGAAACUCACCACGAGCAGUUCUGAAAAGAGUUGCAGAAUUGAGGCAGUCUGUAAUACAGGGUUCCUUUGAGAGGAAGCAAUACGAAAAUAGUGUGCCAAAGCAAGCUGCCUCACAGUGUGUCUCUGAUCCUCAUGUUGCAAGUCUAUCUUCAGAGGGUGAAGAAACCACUACACAAGAGAUGCAUGCAAAUAGCUUAUUCAGUGAAGUUAAACAAACAGUCUCUAACACCACUUCAUCAUUAAGAAGGAGCAAAGCCUGUACUCCAAGGAGAAGUUCUAUACGUGGAAAAAGUGGAGCUAUGGGUACUAUUCACUCCAAACGACGAAGUGGUGCUUCUGAAGCCAAUUUGAUGGUUGCGAAGUCUUGGGCAGAAGUAGUAAAACAAGGUGUUCCAAAACUACAGCUGAAGUCUGCUUCAAAACAGGGGUUUAAAACAAGAUCAAUGAAGAACGUGGCUUCAAAAUCAUCAAAGAAUAACAAUUUAGCAAAAACACCAAAAAGAAAAAUCAGCGGUCAUUUUUCAACAGGACAUGCAAAUUCUCCUGCUCCAAUUGUGAUUGGAAAAGCUCAUACUGGAAUUUUGAACGUAACUGCACAAGUUCCUAAAGUGGUGAUUAAUUAUCCUUUGAAACAGCAUUGUGACCUCAAUGACAGUUUUACAGGGUUGGCUGAAAUGUUCUGCAGUCCAUCAAAUGCAAAACAGAAAAGGUUUGUACCAGAAACUCAGAUAACAAGACCAGAAAUGAAUGCAUCAGAAGAAUCUGAAAAAACGUCCGUUUUGGAUUUUAAGAUUUCAAGCCAAAAAAUAGCUUACGAUCAAGAUGUAAUAUCUCCAGCUUUGGAAGAAGUAUCACAAGUAUCCAUUCACGACAAUUUAAUGAUAUCACUAAAUGAAAGAAAUAUAAUGGGGAUGGAAGAAAAAAAACUGCAACAAGAACCAGAGCCAGUCAGACAGCUUUUGGAAAUCAAGAGGCUCUUGAAGACACCUAAGGAAAAGCCUGAACCUGUUGAUGUGCUUUCAGGGGUCAAGAGGCUCCUGAGGACACCCAAGCAAAAAUCAGAGCCAGUGGAGGCACUUUCAGCAGUCAAGAGGCUUUUGAAGACACCUAAGGAAAAAUCUGAACCUGUUGAGGUGCUUUCAGGGAUCAAGAGGCUUUUGAGGACGCCUAAGCAAAAGUCAGAGCCCGUCGAGGCGCUUUCAGCAGUCAAGAGGCUCUUGAAGACACCUAAGCAAAAGUCAGAGCCAGUCGAGGAUCUUUUAGGACUCAAGAGGCUCUUUAAGACACCUAAGGAAAAAUCUGAACCUGUUGAGGAUCUUUCAGGGGUUAAGAGGCUCUUGGAGACACCCGAGCUAAAAUCAGAAGCUGUGGAGGUGUUUUCAAGAAUCAAGACGUUAAAGACAUCCAGACAGACUGUGGAGCCUCUUUUAGAUGAUAUCUAUACUAAAUCUAUGAUAACUACUGAAGAAGUAAAAAACAUGGUUGGAAGUGUUAUCAGAAAUCAAACACAACCUAUGGAAGAUACACAUAUUAAUGACAUUAUUGAGAAAGUUAAGCAAACUGUGAGGCCAAUAGAAGAUAGGGAAAAUAUUCAAAUGAUGUCACCAGAGCUAGUUGGGUGUACUCAGACAUUGAAAACCUCAAAACCAAAAUCUAUGCCAACUGAUGACUACUUCGGAUUGCAGAAGUUUAUGAUUGAACCUAAAGAGAGUUCUGUAAUUCCCGAUAUAGAUUAUACUGGUGUCAAAGACAUGAACACUGAAAGUGAUACGGUUGAAAUGCCAGAGUCUGUGAAUCUUGUGGAAGAAAAUGGAUCUUAUAUCAGUUCCAGAAAUAAAGUGGAGUCUGUGGAAAAUGUGCCUGGAAGUUGCAAAGGAAACCUGGAAAUUGCAUUUGAAAAAGAAUCUCAAUUUCCAGUAACAAAAAAUAACAGUAGUGUUCCAAACUAUGUCGGCCAUGUUGCAUGUAAUUCAUUUAAUGAAUUGAAAACAGAGUUCAAUAAGGAAACAAUCAGAGCAAUAUCUCUCUCUGAAAACUACCAACCAGAUGGAAUCAGUUCCAAAAAUGAAGCCAAAACUGAUUUUGUAAAUGAAGCAGCUGAAAAUUCUGAUGCAUUAAAAACAGAAAAGCUCGAGCCACUUGCUUUGGCUAGAACUAGGAGAAGGAAAAUAAAUGACUGCAGUCCUGUGGUAUAUACAAAGACAAUUCAGAGACCUACAAAGAGCAGAUCAACAUCAGCUAAUUGUGAGCAAAUCAGUGAAAGUUUUGACAACCAUACAGAAUUAAAUUCAUUGCACAAAUCUGAAAGCAAUUGUACAACAAUUGAAGCAACCAAAUUAUCUCGGAGAGGAAGACCAAAGAAGCAGCAUGUUGAAAGAAAUCGGAAUAUAGAAUCUGAUAACAUAAACCAUACUCAGGAAUUAGAAAAACCUUUAAAGGAAACAACAGUGGAAAAGCAGCCUGUGAACAGGCAAAAAGCGGCAACUAAAAGAAAAGGAGAAACUGUAACAAAUGUGGAUUUGGAAGAAAAUGGACCAGUUCAAGAAAAUGAAAGUGAUUUAACCGCCAAAACACGGCUAAGGUCUAGAAAUGUAAAAAAGAAUGCAAGUGACCUAAAGACAACGUUUGCCAAAGGUAAAACAAAUGAUACAAUGUCAGGGGAAGAGAGUAAUAAAAGAAGAAAGAUUGCUGUAAUACAAUUAAGCCCAGAAACAUUAAUCACAACUUUGAAUGAAGAUAAGCAAGGAGGGCAAAAAUGUACAAUAUCUAAAAUAUGUAAAACCGAAGCUUCAGAAAAUAAUCUAACAGCAAUGGAAGAAAAUUUAGUGAAGAAGAAGAAAAAAACAGUUCAAUUUUUACUUAAUGACUUUAAGGCUUCUGAACAAAAAUGUGCACUUGGAUAUGAAGGUAAUACUUAUGAAGAAGAAAGUCAAACUGAAAACAUUUCUAAUGGGAUUCCAAAGGUUCCCUUGGAAAGCAUGAAAACUUCUACAGAGUCCAGUCCGCCCAAAAUAGAAAAGCUAUCAAAAAAGAAUCUGCCUAGCAGAGGCAGAGGCAAAAAAUCGGUUUCCAGCCCUUCUGUGGAAAGUGACAGUAAAUCAGUCUCUGAUGUGAAAGAUCAUGAUAUGAUUGUCAGUCUAAAAGAAAAUCAGCCCAAAAGGGGCAGAGGGAGAAAGAUAGUUCAAGUGUUCCCCAAACCUUUUCCUUUAGAAAAUAACACUUUUGGAGAAAAGGAUUCAACAAUAAACAAAUGCCUUUCAUCCCAAGGCGGAUGUUCUUUGCUACAAGUUCAAAAUGAGAAUUUUGAAAAAUCUGAAAUGUUGCCAUUAGAAAAUGGGCAACGUUGUGAAGGGCACAUUCCACCAAAAAGGGUAGUAAAAGAAAAUCCACCCAGGAGAGGAAGAAACAAGCAAGUCAAUGAAAUAUCGGGUAAUGAAGCAGCUGAUGUCCAAGGUCUAAAUAUGGCCACCAGACAAGAGGAUAAUCAGUCCAAAAGGGCGAGAGGGAAAAGAAAUGCUGAAGAAUCCUGUUCACUGAAGAGCCAAAGGAUAGUGAAAGAGAGUCCACCCAGGCGGGGCAAACAUAAAAAAACUAUUUCUGGUGACAUAUCUACAGAUUUUGACAGUACACAGAUGGCCACUAUACUAGAUCAAAAUAUAGAUGGUGAAAAUGCUUGUCUUGCAAAGGAUGAUCAAUCAAAAGUAGGUGGAAGAACAAGAAGCACUUGUACUACAGUUGAAGCAACCAAAUUAUCUCGGAGAGGAAGACCAAAGAAGCAGCAUGUUGUAUCCCAGAAAAUCCCUUCUGUCAAAAGUGACACCUGCAAUUUGCUGUCAUCAAACAAAGGGGAACAUUCAGGUGAACAUCCAAAUGAAGAUUUGAAAUCAGCAAGUAAUGCAAAUGAGAAUUUCACAUACAAAUGUAGAAAAAGAAAAAUAGUUCAUGAAAUUUCAGCAAACUCAGUUUCUUCCAGUAAAAAAUCUGAAUUUAUUGAUAAUGACAUUCAAGUAAAUAGAAAGAAAGAUUCAAAAGCUGUAUCAAAACAAAGUACAUCCAGAAGUAAAAGAAAACGAUUAACACCUUGUGAAACAUCAGCAGAAAGUAAUGAUGAGCUAAGAAUUAAUAGUAAAAAGAGUCAACCAGUAACAGAUAUUGUGGGUCCUUUAGAAAAUAGUUUUGAAAAAAAGCGCCAGUCAAAGAAGCAAAAAGAAGAAACUAAUAUUGUAUCACUAGUCUCUCCCUCACUGAAAGUGAACAUCACUUUGUCACCAUCUUCUGCUGCUGAAAAUCAAAGUGGAAAUUGCAAAAAUUCUGUUGGAACAAGGAAGUUAGCAAAACUUUCUGGUACACACAAUAUAAUGACACGCUCUCUCAAAGGAAAGUGCAUUAUUUCAAAAGAAGAGUUUGUUCAUGAAACCCAAAACAAAGAUUUGCAGCAAACAGUUACGGCAACUGUGAUCAAUCGAAGAAGAGGUAGAAGAAAAAUUAAUAAACUUGAGGCUGCUGUUUCUCCUCUCAAAGAAAAACUUACAUUAUCUGCAGGCAGUGAUAAUUUUCCUAAUGAACAAAUUCUAAAUAAUGUUUCUAAUAAUAAAAUUUCUUCGAAGGGCAAGGGACCAAAAUUUCUUGAAAUAAAAAAUAUGACCCAAAACAUCAAUCAAAGUAAUUCGUCUAAUUAUGACCAAAAUAAAAAUCUUAAGCACCCAAAUAUGCCAGUGCAAAAGAGUUCAUCAGAACGUGGAAAAAGAAAACAAAUUAACAGUUCAGAAACAAUUACCACUGCUAACAUGGUGAAAAAUGUAAUUCCAGGAAAGAAAUCAACAGUCUCUAAAGCAGAAAACACUGAGAGUAUAACAGUGCAGACAAGAGGAAAAAAGAAAAUGAAAGAAGAGAAUACCAUUCUGAUGAUUGAACUGCCUAGAGAAACAGAAGGCAGGACAAGAGCAAGCAAAAGAAUAAGAAAAUAGAUUAUAAUAUUUGCUCUGGGUGCACUUUUUUAAUCUGAAAACCUUAAAACUUUGAAAUUGAAAUGUUUCAACAUUCAGUUCAACUUGACAUUGACAAUAUCUGAUGCAAAUAUUUUGUAAAUAGCUUUUCCUAUUAUUUUUAAUAUUUUUUGUUUAAAAUAUCAAAGGAUUAGGAAUUUAACUUUUAACUACUCUGAUUUUAUUGUCUACAAAUGUUUAAAUGCUAAUGCUAUUGUACUUAUGUGUUUCAAAAUUAAAAACAUACUUAAGCAGCAUUGCUUUAUAUGAUCCGAUUGAAGCCAAGAUGUUUGCCAAAUUAGCAUAGGUUGGGCACAGUUCUUGGAAUCAUGCUCAUGUUAGCUCUUCUUGUACACUGCAUAACUAUUGUAAUGAUUACCAGGGUGAAAAACAUCAGCUAUUCAGAACAUAGGAAUCUGAUUUUGUAAAAGCCCAGUAUUUUGUCUGUUUAGCACUAUCCCUAAUCUUGCGGGCAAGUCUGGAAGAUGGUUGAUUAGCAAUCCUAUUGCAGGGUAUGUACCGAGGCUGGGGGAAAAAUGGUUUGUAAGUUUGGAUAAACUGCUGGACAGGUUAUCAUACUGUCAAAGCAAAAUGCAGGUAAGUUAGAUAUCCCAAGUUUUUGCCGACCCAGAUUCUUGAAAAUUGGGUGCAAGUAACCGUAUACAAUUCUUUUCACUUCCCACAUGUAGUUUUGUGUGCCAACCUUCAAAUUUUCUCAGGACCUUACUGCACCAUAGCCUUUAAAUUCAAGUGAGGUAUGAUCCAUCUACCCUAACUUUUUACUAUGUGCUAGCUUUUUUGAAAGAAAAGUUUAUAGACAUUUCAACAGUUGGAUUGCCUUCACUCAAAACUCAUUUUGCAAACUGUUGAAGUUGUUACAAUCUUUUACUCAAAGUUCUUGAAGUGGCAAAAGACUGUUCUCUUAAUUGGUUAGUAAGAAAUAUUAACUAAUUUGCAAAUAUUUCAGGUUCUGAACAUACUGUUAUAUCAUGAGUAUUGGUACUGCCUGAUGAUUCCUGAAUUCUGCUUAGAACAUUCCAGGAAUAAAACGUUUGUUGCAUUCUUUGCCCUAUUUUUGCAUAUCCAGAAUUGUAGUUCAUUCCAUUUCUUAUCUCUUUUUAAUUACACUUUUUAAAUAUAAAUAUAUUUUUUCUUCCAAUUAUUAAUAUAAAGUGGCUAGUGAAAAAGUGA